UGGAUUGAAAUUAAAUUUUGGCCCAUGUGAUUUUAGAUUGGAAAAUUUGGACUCAAGAUUAUCAAGUUUGCACAAGUCCAAUAUCAAACAACUCUGAUUAGAAAGCUCAAAUAAUCAAAAUUAGGAACAUCCGAAUAAAACUCGAAAUCCAUUUUAAUUAAUCCGGAUGUUUAAACAACCGCUUACUUAACAGUUAAGCAAUGACGUCACUUUUUCUUAAAUUUAAUAGUUGGUACAAUAAAUAACCCAAUAGAAUGCCAGACGACUUGCAAGGGGCGUUACCUGUCAAAUGUCAGUUACCAUUUACGCUGCAUAAAAUGAAAUCACAUGAGUUUUCCCAUCCCUUUGAAAGUAUUGCACAUACUCAAAUCUCUCGUUUACACACGCACAGGGGGACACCGUCAAGGAAGAUCAUCAAUGGCUGCAACCGCGAUCACUCAUUCGUUGCCUGAAGAUAUUGUGGUGGAUAUUCUGGCAAGAUUGCCUGUCAAAUCUCUAAAGCGAUUCAGGUGUGUUGGUCAUUGCAAUGGCAUAAUUUGUCUUUGUGACUGUGUUAGUGGUAUUCUUUUGUGGAACAUUGCGACUAAGGAAUUUAAAAUUCUCCCUAUGUGUCCUUUUGAGUGUCCGCCAAGCUAUGAAAAUACCAUUGAUGUAGUGUAUCCUUUGGAGUGUCCGCCAAGCUCUGAAAAUACCAUUGAUGUAGCUGGUCUGGGUUAUGAUUCCAAGAGAGAUGAGUAUAAAGUAAUUAGGAUUGACACAUUUUGGGAGGGUGAUUUCGACAAAGUCCCCCGAGGUAACCGAGUUGCUUUGUACAACUUAACUACUGAUUCUUGGAGAAAGUUCAAUGACAACUUAACUGCUGAAUUCUUCCAUAGUUAUGGGAACGAUCAAGUCUACUCCAACGGAUUUUAUCACUGUAUGGCAGUUGUUGAUAGUGAAGAAUUGCUCCUCUCAUUUGACAUGAGUAAUGAAGUUUUCGUCACAACACCAUUCCCUGAUGGGAGAUUGGGUAAGAACUGUAGAACAACACGCUAUCUUACCUAUUUAAUGGAAAUCAACGGAUCACUUGGUGGGUUACUUUGUCAUGAUUAUUAUGUGACAGAUGGCUGCUAUGAUGUAUGGGUGUUGGGUGAACUUGGUCUAAAGAACUCUUGGACAAAAUUAUUCACCAUUGAAUCUCUUCCUCCUGCCACUACACCAUUAGGAGUCGGCAGCGAUGGUGAAAUCUUCUUUGUUAACGAAGAAAGCAACUUUCUGGCGUGGCAUCAUCGAGAUAACAAAGAGAUAAAGACACUCCAAUUUGAAGGAACUGCAUUAGAGCUAGCAAUGUAUGCAGAGAGCCUAGUUUCUUUCAGGGGAGGAACUGCAUUCAACCAUUAAUUUUCAUUUGCUGAUACUUACAAUUUAGUUAUGCUUUUACUCAAUGUUCAACCUUUUACUAUCAAGAUAAACUGUAUUGUUACCUUUGCAUUGAGAAACAUCUGUUAGAUUUUCUUCUCUCAUUUUCUUUUAUCUUACAUGGCAUUCAAUUUUCAGUCUUUGGUUUUCUAAUGAAUAUAGACGUAGGCCAUUGGAGUUUCUUGCUAUUGCUUUAAGAUGGUAACGUCAGUGGUUUUUAGAUCGAUUUCAUGGCUAUUACAAGGGUAAAUGCUACCUGGAGUCGAUAGAAAAGUGCCAAUUUGAUUAAUGGAACCUCACUUGUGCAUCUUUGACAAUAUAAACAGUACAACAGGUUUUGCUGUUUUCGAAUAAACUUGGGGAAUUAAGUACAAAUUUCUUGGUUGUGUUUAAUUUGUCCUAGUUAACGCAUCUAUUUUCUUUCGUUUUAUGUUUAAAGUUGAUGGUUUUGAUUAAAAAAAUUCGUGGUGGAGCUUAAUUAAUCUAACUUUGGCCUUUUCUGGUUUUGUUGAG